CAGGGGCUGCUGGGGGCACCCGUCUCCACGGCGGGGGCUUUGUGCAAAACAGAUGUGCACGGCGUGCUCCGGACUGGAAGAGCUGGCAGGGGCACAAAACUUCAUGCUGGAGCUGGAAAAGCCUCCCGCCUGGACAGACUCCUCCUUGUCUCUGUAGCAACCCUGUUUAUUUCCCGGCGCGGGGCGUGCAGCGUCAGGCACUCUCGCUGCCCAGGCUGGGAGGCGGCAGCCUCCACGCCAAGAGGCCCGAGCCCUGGCUAGGCUGUGCCCCAGCAGCCCAACCUGCACGGCUGGUUUGGGGGAUUAGGGCAGGGCAGGGCUGGAGCCCUCUUCCACCCGCUCCUGCACGUCCAGAGAGUGCCGGACUUUGAAGCGUGCAGCCACCCCGGCGCUGUCCCUGCACCCGCUGGGCAGAGCGGAGCCCCGAUGGCUGCCCCCGGACCCCGCUGUGCCCCUCCGUGCUGGAUGCGACCCCGGGUGCACGCCUGAUGCUCCUGCUGCCUGCCCCACCAAGCAGGGAGAACCUGAGGGAGAGCAUCUGGUUUCGUAUCAGAGCUGCCUGAAACCACAAGCCCUGCCAGGUUUUGGAGUUGAAACUGGAAAUGGGUCCAGAAGAGUGGUCCCCCUGCUUCUUCUGCAGGUCUCCUCCGCGCCAGCAGCCUGUUUGAGUGGGGACAAAAAUAAGGCUCCUCAACAGGCUCUCCCAGGGCCAGCGUUUACGCCCCGCGCUGCCGUAUUUCCCCUUGGCUCCGCUCUCAUCUCCCCACCAUCGUGUGUGCUGGCUGGGGCCUCUGAGCCCUUCCUGUUUCGAGGUAGAAAGCUUGUGGUCACCAGUGAGCAGCGGGCUCCGACACGCACACAGAGCAGAAGCGAGCCCCGGCAGGGUUCAACGUGGGCUGCCGGUGCCGGAGCUCAGGAUUGCUGCUUCGCUGUUAGCUCCUGCCUGCGUUGCCUCCUCCUCCUCCUCGCCAUGAGCCUGCCAGGACCAUCCCGUGCCCUGCGGUGACGCUGGGAGCUGGAAGGACACAAGGGAAGGCAAGACACCGGACCCGAGGCCAUGCCCGAGCAGAGUGAGCAGCAGCCGCGCACUCGCCCAUCGUUGCAGCCGUGCCCGUGUCCUGCUGCAGCCCCGGCCCGGCCAUGGAGAGCACAGAGGUGGAAUCGGACAUCCUGCGCCGUGUCCGCACGCUGCUGCGAGAGCUGGACGGCCACCACCCCGCCUGCCAGCGCGACCGAGGGAUGCUGCGAUGGACGCUGCACAAAAAAAUUGACCAGAAUCCCAGUAACAGCUCCAUCCUGGUCAGGAUCUUGGUGAAAGAGCUGGAAAGGGCGGAGCGAGGCGACUACCGACAUUAUAUCAUCCCCCUGCUGCACACGCUGAUGUACACCCUGAUAAAGGCUCCCUGUAUCUCCGACGAGCUCUGCAGCAGAGUGUAUGACUUCUGCAAGAAGCUGCUCACCCUGCCCAAGCCUUUCUGCACCAUUGGUUUGGACUACGCUGUCAGGCUGAAGAUGGAAAGGACAGCACCGGGUAUGCUCUACCAAAGAAUGGUGAUUUCCGAACAAAGUCUAAAAAGCAACCCGUACCCUUACCAGGAAAAGAUUUUCAUCUUCGCUGACCCGGAGCUGCUCUCCGAAGCCAUCUGCAACGCGCUGGUGACCGACACGCAGGCGGCUCGGCUCUCCCAGAGCCCGCGGGCAUGCAUGUGCUACGUGAUCAUCCACGCCAUGCAGGCAGCCCUGGGCGAGGGCUGCGACCUCAGCGGCUUGCGGAUGAGCCUCCAGGACAUGUCCAUGAGUAAGGUCGAGCACUGGUUCCAGCAAGUGGUGGCGGCUGUUGAGUGCGGGGGAAGCGAAGCGAGUGUGGACCGCGGACAGCAUGUGGAGAGGCUGGAGAAGAUUUACUGUGCCCUCCUCGGCUCCUCGCCACCAGGUGAUGCUCCCCUGGGGAGGCUGCAGGGCAUCCCUCUGCCUAACCCCAACAUCAGCUUCCACCUCUGGAAGGAAGACGACCAGAUCUGGAAGGAGCUGGUGCUGUUCAUCCGCCCGCUGUCGCAGAGCUGCGAGCCUGACCGCCUGAGCCAGGACCUGGACAACUUCGAGAUCCAGGACAUCAUUUCGGAGUGCGAGUGCUGCGAGCAGACCCGCUUCUCCGUGCUCUCCACCGACAGCGGCAUCGAGCGGGACCUGCCUCCGGCAGCCGAGGAGCCCUUCGCCCCUUGCAGCGCCGACUCGGAGCAAUCCCGGCUCCAGAGGAAGGGCGGCAUUAAAAAGAAGCCAUCCCCACUAGAGAGCAUGGCAUUCCUGCAGAGCGGCUGCAACAGCCCCGGGGCGAAGCCCACGGCCAAGGCACAGAAGAGGACGGGCGUCCCCGCCAAGCCCCCGGCCCCGCUCCAGAGGCUGCACACUGCACGCGUCGUGCUGCUGGGGGACGACCGGGUCCUGGGGCGCCUGGCCCAAGCCUACCACUCCUUGAGGAAGCGAGAAACACGGCGUGUGUUCCUGACUCCGAGGCUGAACCUGCAGUUCUACUACAUCCCGGUCGUGACGGGGCAGCCGAGUGCGCUGACAGCCACGACCCAUGCUGCUGCCAGCCCCGAGGAGCUCUGCGAGGUGGCCGGGUACCUGGGCAGAGCCGACCCCUGGUACGACAGCAACAUCAACACGCUGUGCCACAUGAUCCCCAAGCUGGCCACCAUGCCUUCCUCUCCGAGCAAACAUCUUGUGACUGAUCUCUUCAUCACCGAUGUGAUCGCCUACUACGUCCGCAUGGGCGCCCAGCCCGUCUGCUUCCAGGUCUACACAGUGAAGGUUUUCUUCAAUGACCCAGCGCUGGAGCCAGCUGAGGAUGUCUUCCUCACUGAGCUGUGUGCCCAAGUGCAGGAGAGCAUCUCCCACAGAGAGUUAAACCUGACUAAGAAGAAAACGACCCUGGAGGGCCCUGGCAUAGAUCUUGCAGUAACGUACAAGAAGGUUGUGGUGAGUGACCGGGCAAAGGAGGUGUCAGCAUCCCUGCGCUCCACAGGCCUCGUGAUGAAGGCCAUCCCUGCCGAUGAGGCCGAAGAUCUGUUGUGUCUGAAUGUGAACAUCACUGAAAUCAUUAAGAUCAACAACUUGUCGGGACGAUCCUUCUCAGCCAUGGCAAACAGGUUGAAAACGCGCGAUAUCAAAAUCAGGAGCACAGAGCAGAGGCCCUUCACGGUGUGCCUGGACAAGGACAGCAGAAGAACCUACAGGAAUGUGAUUAGCGUGGAAGUGUCACCCUGCCUAGAGCCCAGCUACUGCUUGCAAAAGACAAGGACAAUGAAAUCCAGCGUGCACGAAGCAGAGGAUGUGGGCCUUGUGAAAUACAUGCCCAAGUCUCUGCUGUUGCCCAUCAACACAUUUGCAGGCGUCAUCCAAUGAAGCAAAUGAGAAAAAAGCUGGUGUGAAAGAUGUGACAUCUGGGUCCUCAAAGAAGAGAUGGAAAAAGAAAACACACUAAGAAGCCACCAACAGUGAUUUUACGACCAUAAUGGUGUUUCUAGAGCUGCAAAGGCAGAGGUGGAGAGGGCUCACGGAGGACAGCUGCGUGCUGGUGAAUGGCAGUGGUGACCACAUCCAAGGAGCCCUGCCAAGGGGCAGAGCUUUCCUGAAGACCUGAGACUUUCAACCUUUUGCACAAGUCAGGAAAAACCUUUGAGAUGUUUCAUUUCAGGAAAAGGACUGAGGAAAAUACAGCUCAGGUGAUGGCGUGUGCUGUGUUGUGGAUCGAAGAGCAGUUGCUAUUAGUAAUAUUUAUUAUGGUGGUGUGUCCUGUCCUGGCAUAGGAUCAGGGCUUGUUUUGCUGGGUUCUGCACAGCAAACUCAAUUCUGGCACAGGAUGAUGUAUUUGGGCAAACCGAUAAUUGCUCCCCUGACUCAACCAGGAAACCUCACUGCAAGCCCAACCACAACUGGGAGCAUCUGUGCAUGUGUGUGAGACUUCCAAUGCAGGAAGCCAGUGGGAAACCUGCUGUUGUUUCAGAGGGGCUAUAGAAGAUAACGACAGAUGGUGUGACACAGGGAUGUGGGAAAUCUAGUGCAAUAUUUGGCGGUGCUGAACUGGACUAGAACUGCUCAGGGUGCUGAGGCUUUGCUCUGAGAAGCAACCUCCUGCGAUCGAUGGAGAAGCAGAACACCUGGAAGACUUCUCUGUUCCUUUCCUCUGCUGCUAUCAUGGUGUAGAAACCCUCCCCUCAUUUGCAGAUGGGCUCCAGCUAACCCACUUUUAUUGAUGAUCAUGUCAGAGGCCUUGUCUUCAUUCCAGCUUGUGGCUGGCUGAAAUAAUGGAAGAAACGAGGUGCGUAUUUAUUGACUCUCUGAAUGUGGUCUGAGGUAUCUGGGGCGUCUCCAGGGAGUCUUCCAGAAAAUCGUGGUGGUAGGGAUUUGGGAUCAUUCCUUCUAUGACACUAUCAUUUCUUACUCUCUUGGCUCCCAGAUAAAUCCUUACCUGGGUUGCCUUCACUCAGAGGUGCUUGCUUGGAUCUCCUGCCCAAAGGAAGUGUCCUUUGGCUUUGUCUGUGUGCGUAGCAGCUCCUCCAGCUCUGCCUGUCACCCACGGGGAGUCCCUGGGGCCAGCUCUGCAAUGAGGUGAUGCUGACCCAGCUGCUGCGGCACUGGCAAACCCCUCUGUUAGCCCCAAUGGCUUGUGCCAGUUGGAGAAAUGCUGGUGUGGGCUCAGUUUUUGUAGCCAACCAGAAGUCAAAGCUGUAGUUUAAGGCUGUGGUCACCAAGAGCAGAAGGAACCUCCUGAGGACAGCUCAGUUCUUCCUUGGGAAAAAUGCUGAAGGUGAGAGAAGAGCCAGCUUUGGCAGGGUGAGUCCCAGCCAGCAAUGACACGGGGGAUCCUGGGAAAUGCUCCCCCUGAGCCAUUUCACCCACACCUGGAGCAAGGCGCCCACCUCUAUCCAGGUGUCCAGGUCUGGAGGUCCUUCCCCUGACCUGCCCCACGCCUGUGGGUUGUCCUCCUGGCUAUAUCUCACGGAAUCCCCCCGCUGCUGUCCCUCAGGGUCACCUUGGCACAGGAGGCAUUUUGCCGCCUGUUCCAAGCUCAGGGUUUAUUCACUCUCAUUUUGAAUGCCCCAUGCAGACCCAGAUUAGCACUGAAAUACAUUACCAGGGGUAAAGCAACACCAGAGCUGUGGGUGGGUGAUGCGUUAUUUAGCGGUGUAAAGAGCCUCCAGGUCCCCAAAAGUAUUAAAUCGCCAAACCAGCACAAACACCUGAAAGAUCAUGUUAGGCAACAGCAACACGACCAUUUCCCCAGCCCCCCAGCCUCAGAAUCCCCCCGCAGGAGUCACAAACCUGUAAGAAGACCUCAGCAACCGCGUUUGGUUCUUCGGUACUGUUUUUCACCUCCACUUACUCACAAAUCAAGAAUUGUUGGUGUCCACCAAUGCCAGGCUUAGUCAGCAAGCAUUUUGGCCCUGAAGGGAGCUGGAUUUGGAGAGGAGGCUCGGGAACGAGUCAAGAAACACACGUUUGCACCAACCGUCUUCCUCUGUGAGCUGCUGCAUAUGCUAACUUUGGGCUUAAGGGGGUGGCAGUGGCUCUUCAGACCUCCGCUCCCUUGGGGCUUCGUUGCAGGGGGUUGCACACCCCUGGUAUGCCCGGAUACUACUUACAAAGCCAUGAGACCAUGCUUUGGGUUGGAGCUUGGUCUGCGGCGUCCAGAGUUGGCUCUGUACCGUUGUACAUGAUGUAGAUGGAUUAUAAGUUAUUUGUACAGGUGUCAGAGAUGAUCUAUAUCAGAAGGUGCGAUCCUUUUAAUGCCAAUUGAAUAUAUAUAUAUAUAUAUAAAAGCACAGCAGAACUGGACAGAAUUGUUGGUGUUUAUUUUUUCUAUUUGUAUGCAGCUGGGGUGAGUGAGGAAAAAGUUGGUAAAAACUACCAAAAAAAGAAUGAAAGGACCUUUGGCCC